CUUGAAAUCAAGGGGAGACAGAUUUAGAGGCUCGGAAGUCAUAGUACAGUGUACUUCUAUUUGGACUGAAUUCAGAACUAGUGUCGAAAAUAAACCUAAUGAACGAACAAGAAAAGUAGUGCCGCACAUUGUUACAACAGAGGUACGGUGAGGAUGACGAGUAGAUUGACAGACUGGCAUCAAUUUUUGAUAAUUGCGGCAGAGCAAAUGCAAAAAUGAGAGACGACAGUAUUUUGUUGACCGGACGAGGAGAUUCUACCAGGGGCGCGAUGUUGUGCGAAAUCGGGGAUACGGGUCAGCAGAGCUCUACCCCGGGAAACACGACCCCCAGUACAACGUAGCACAACUUGACAAAAAGCGACGGACGAGUAGUUGAAGAGUAAGAGAGCAGCAGGGUAUGCUGGUGCCCCCGCCGGCUAAGCUUUGCCUUUGCUAUAAUUCUUGACUAAGCUUUGCCUUUGCUAUGAGCGGGACGUCUCUACAUCCCCAAGGAAAAGCUUCUGUAGCUGAAUCGACGAAGUACAACCCCCGGCCGGCACUUCUAUCUCACUGGUGAUCGUGGGUGGAUUACUUUUGAAUACUCUCGUAGUUCCACCCAAAAAACAAACUCUACCGAUAGUAUCAGCAAGAAGUGUAGUGGUCCAUUUAGCAGCUCCUCGCUGUUGUAGUUCGAGCUUGAGAAGUCGAAAGAGAGAGGGUUCUCCGGAAGAAAUCUUCAAAACGCAACAUCUUCGCAGACCAACAGCUGCGGGAUCAGUGAACAAACCCAGUGGUCACGACGAGCAGCCAUGUCGGCGUUUGUGAACGCGCACCAGGAGCCCAGUCCGCUGGACGCCAGCGUGCUGGGGCUGAGCAUACUAGGCGGGUCCGCGACCAGCAUGGGCACGACAAAUUUUCGCAUUCUCAGCGUGGGGGAGCCGAAACCCAUCUUCAAGAAGGACGAGGAGGAUGUCGUGCAUGAGGACCAGGAAACCAAGGAGAUUCAGUACCUGGAAGACAAGAUCAUCGAGGUCCCGAAGGAGACCAUCGUCGAAAAAAUCAUCGAGAUCCCGGAGAUCCAGACCCUGGAACGGGUGAUCGAGGAGGUGAUCGAGGUUCCGGUCGUCCAUAUCCUGUGCAAAAGUAUCGUACUCGUAGUAAUGCUAAUGGCACGCAUGCAUUACAAAUCUAACUUUCUACCUUCUCCAGCGUGACAAAUUGCAUUUUUGUUUCUGGGAAAAUUUGCGAUGCGAUUUAUACUAGCGCGAUGACGAUACUUUUGCACUGCAUAGUCCAGUACGAAGAACAAAUCAUCGAGAAGGAGGUGGAGAAGGUGGUCGAGGUGGAGAAGAUAGUGGAAGUGCCGCAAGUCCACCGUCGCAUCAUCUCCCGUCCGGUGGAGAAAGAAAUCGAGGAAAUUGUGGAGAUAUGCACUGCAAAAGCAUCGUGCUCGUACUAAUUGCAAUCAUGCAUGACAGAUCUACCUUUGUAAGUACAUGCACGCUAAUCGGCAUCACAAAUUGAAAUUCAAUUCUUCACGCUGAAGAAAUUUGUGAUGCGAAUGCUACUAGUGCGAUACAAUACAACUUUUGCAGUGCAUAGGAGAUCCCGAAGAUUGUCUACGAGGAGGAAGUCGAGCGGGUGCCCAUGGUCCGGACCGUGGUGGUACCGAAGUACGUGGAGGUGCCGAACAUCAAGGAAAACAUCAUCGAGAAACUAUCAUUUGUAAAAACGUCCCCACCCCAGAGUUGUCAUGCAAAUCAGCACGCCAAAAGAGUUGCUCAUGCGGAGCCCCAUGAUGAGAAGCAUUUUCUAGUUGUGUUUUGGGAUUUGUCAUGCUCCAGUCAGCACGAUGCGCUCGCUCUGUGAUGUUGCUGAACUACCUCAAACAGCACCGCUACACUACGAGUGCAAAUUUGUCAUGCAAAACAGCCAAAACUUGUGGAUUUGUCUAGCCGAUUCCCCAUCUCGACUAUAAUGGGGUGGGGACGUUUCUACAUAGGAUAGAAACUCGUCGAAAUCGAGGAGGAGGAGAUCUAUGCAGUGCAAGAAAAGUAUCGUACUCGUAUAAAUGCAUUACAAAUUUCCGCAGCAGGAGGAAAAAUAAAAUUUGUAAUGCUGACUCACCUUAAGAAAAAGAUUUGCUAUGCAUGAUUGCAAUUACUACUUUUACGAAACUUUUGCACAGCAUAAGAUCAUCGAAGUACCGAAAAUCGAGUAUGAAGAAGAAAUCGUGGAGAGAAAAGUGCUUAUGGGAAGGAAAGUUCUUGUGUAACAGCGCUAGCGGUUGGAUUGAUGUCGUGCUGUAGUUUAAUGCGCGUGAUGUAAGUACUACUUAGCCCGAUCUUUGAAAGUUAUGCAUUUUCCACGACGUGCAACCACUAUGCAUUUUGAACGAUAUUAAAAAUCAGCAUGACAGUAGACCGCCGCGGCUCUUUGGUAGUAUCAUAGCUUUCCCUUUCCAUACGAACCGGGAAAAUCCAUUUUGAAACCAAAUACGUGGACAAGCCAUUGGUGCAGAAGAGACAAAGACAGGUAAGUACUUAAAUACCUACCUGCGUACCACGGCCUGGUUUUUGUUCAGACUGGUACAUCAUGCAUGUUGAUGGCAAAGAACUUUUUAACGCCGAGGGAGUUGCGCUUGUCCCCUGUUGUACGCAACAGGAACAGCAGCAGCGUCUCCCAAUUUGGAAUUUAAUAGCAUGAUGAGAAAAACACUAUAACAGAUUCCCGUCGAGAGGAUUGUGGAGAAAAUUGUGGAAAAGCCGGUGAUUACCGGCGUUCGCGGUUCUCGCGGGCGCCACUGGCGGGGGAGCGUAGGAAGGAUCGGGCUGGCCACGAUGUGGCAGUGUGGUUCUUCACGCCGUCCAGGGCACAUGUCCGGCGUCAUCUCGGCCUUUGGCUGAGGGCGCUUUCGGCAACACGCAACGGUAAACAGCGCAGCCCUUGCUGCGGCCUGCCGCUCUGCGUGCCGCGGGUGUCUCAUGAUUCUGCUCUCCGAUGUGAGCUGCGACGCAGCAGAGGAGCAGCAGUGGUGGGCCACUCGCCUGUCAGCGGUGAAACCGCGAGAGAGGGGGCACUGCGUUUCACGCUGACAGAAAUCAGAAACACACGACGCUACUGGCUUCCUAGGGCAUUGCCCGCAAGGCCCUUGGCAAUUGCCAUGGGCCGGGCCCAGUCUAAUACUGGCGUUAGCCGGUAUAAGAUCGCACUACAGUGAUCAUAAGCCGGAGCGAACUACACAACACCUCACCAACUAGAAGCGGCAAGCAACAAACGGCCACACCACAGGGCACCCCCGCGCCCAAAAUUUCGCCCCUGCCGUUCGCAGGGCCGCCCCGGCAUUUAGUCACAUCUGGGGAACGCGUCCGGCGGCCCAUGUCGUGUCCCACGGCUUGGCCCACCUCUACGUCCGGGACGUGGCUCUGUGGGGUUCGAGAGCCUGGCUUGCGUGGCUUGCUCCCUGUAGCUUGCUGUGCCGGCCGGGUUUUCUGUUUGCUGCCAGUGUGACCGUCGCAGGGCGUCGUGCGAUUCGGUCUGAGGCGCGCUCUGUCUCAACAACACUUGCGCUUCUGUUCAGUUGCGCGCGCCUUCGUCCUAUGGGUGAAUUGCGCAGUGAAGGCGAAAUUAUAUAGCAAGUGAGUUGCGCUUGUGCUGUGUCGUACGCAACAGCAGCAGUCGUGUAGUCUCCCACAACUUUGGAAUUUAGCAUCUGAAAAAUAUUAUCAGAUUCCCGUCGAGAGGAUUGUGGAGAAAAUUGUGGAAAAGCCGGUGAUUACCGUCCACGAAGAGAUUGUCGAGCGACCGGUCGAGACCACGGAAAUUCGCCCCGUGUACGUGGAAAAAGUGCACGAGCGGAUCCAGCACCAGCCGUUGAUUGUGUACGAGGAGGAGAUCAUCGAGGUACAGAUGUGACUGUAAGAAGAUGAACUAGUAGUAGUACGUGAGCUGGUUUAUUAUUCUUGUCUGUCAUGCAAAAUACGCUACACACCAUUCCAUUCCCAUUAAUUGCUCCGUGUCGUGUUUUUUCGCAUGACAAACGGACCGAACAAAAACAACUGCAGGUUCCCAAAGUGGAAUACCAAGAGGAGAUCAUCGAACGGGAGUUACGAGGAUGAGGAAAUAAAUCCGGAGCAGCACGUUUCAUCAUCAUCUGUAUCUGUAUCUGUAUCACUGGCUCUGACCUCUGCAUCUUCUGCAUAUUGUAAAACUCACAGCACUGAGAAACAAAAAGGAAAAUAUAGUAUAACUAAUCAUGAUCUUUUGCUAGCCAAGCAUAAGACUAACCAUCUAGCACUAGCAAUCACAAUACACCAUGCACUUCACGUGCAAAAAUCGCACUCUCCUACUUCCUUCUCCUCCUGCAUGAGAAAUUCCGCAGCUGUCCACGGUGCAGAAGUAUGUCGAGGUGCCGCAGAUACAGGAGCGGUAUGCAAGAAAGAAACUGUGUAAGUGUAACUUUCUUGAAGAAACAAUAGCAUGACAAGUUUCCCCUGCACGACAUAGAAAACCUGUCAUGCGUAGCUAGUACGUGGAAACAUGUUGUACGAAAAGAGCCUCUGACGCAUGUCCAGCAUGACAGGCGCAAGUGUCUUGCGUCGUCUGCUACACAAAUUUACACUUCUCACACAGUUUUUUUCUUGGAUAAGCGCAUCAAGCACGUCACUGUCGACGUUGUGGAAGAAGAGAUCGUCGAAGUGCCGAAGGUAUAUCUGUGCAUUGCAAAAAAUUUGUCAUGCAAGAUUGGAAGGACAACAAGAUCUGUGAUGCGUGAAUGAGAAUGACUAGGAAAACCAACCCCCAAAAUAAAGGUGGAAGUUGUUGAGCGAUUGCUCCAACGGGAGGUGGAACAGGAGAUCGAGAUUCCGAAGUUAGGAGAAUGCACAACUGCUCCCCCUCCCUCUCAUUUGUAUGGCAUGAGCAUCAAUACAAACACCGACGCAGGUGGAGCCUGUGCAUGACAAGUUCAGUUCUGUGUAUAGUCGUGUAGUACUGGCUGUUGUGCUACUUCCAGAAUAUGUCAUGCAAACAAUGCCACAAUAAGCAGGAGCAAUCGGAUUUGGGAUUUUGCAUGGCAAGUGAGAGGGAGGGGGAACAAUUAUGCACUCGGAUAGAGGUACGUGGAAGUGGAAAAAAAGCACGUGGUCCACCACAAGCACGUGGUGGAACAGCGUCAGAAGACCGUGGAAGUCGUGAAGGAGCGGGUAAUCGAGAAGAUCAUCGAGAAGAAGAAACCGCUGAUCCAGGAGAAAAUCAUCCACGUUCCGAAGUACGUCGAGGUGCCGAGAAAAGUCGUCGUUGAGAAACUGGUCGAGGUGCCCGUUGUGACCGAAGUGGAAAAAAUUGUGGAAGUGCCGAAGGUAAUAUCUGUUCCUGCUAUGUCGUUCGAUUUUUCAGUUACUGGCCUUGAUGGCGGCAACAGCGAUCAUGGUGAUGUAGUACAUGCAGUAGAAAGCAAAGUACUUAAAAAAUGUCGCAAGAACGUCGUAUCUAUGACAGUGGCCUGCCGGGCGGCAUCUUCACAAGUGCCACCUCCUGCAUUCCAUUUCUCGCAUCAGAACUUGAAAAUAGAGAUGUGAGGAGCAAAAUGAAAAAAUCUAUCACCAGAUCACCACUGAGGAGAUUAUCGAGGAGUACGAAGUGGAGCGGAAAGUGACCAAGUAUGUGGAGGUCGAGCAAGUGGAAAAGAUCAAGAAGCUAUGCAAGGGCACAAGUCGUGGUUGGUCCCCCAUCAUGAUCAUCUCCUCGUUUGAAGGUGGAAAAGAGCAGUUGGGCAUGAGAAGCAAAAACUGAAACACCAGCAGAAUUUACUGUUGGAUUUGGAGCCGUUGCAUGAAAAAUGUAGAGGCAGGGUUGCUUGUCUUCGUGCAAGGUAUUCAUGAUGACUACAUAAAGAAACAUAAAGGCGAGAAGUGGUCCUUGCAGUUGCUGUUACAAUCGAACAAGGUCGAGAUGAUCGACGAGUUGUGCACUCUCAUAAAAGUACGUGCACGUGGACGAGGUGCAGGAACUCGAGCAGAUCGUGGAGGUGCCCGGCCCGGCCCAGUUUGUCGACAAGGUGGUAGAGCGGAAGGUGGUGAAGAGGGUGCCGAAGUACGUGGAGGUGCCGCAGACGCAGAAGGUGGUAAGAUAUGUGGACAUUCCGGAAGAUCGGAUUAUCGAGAACACCAUCGAGGUGCCGCGAAUCCAAUUUGAGGAAGAGUUGGUGGAAGUCCCGGUCGAGAAGGUUGUGGAAAUCAUCAAGGAGGUCCCACAGAUCGAGAAACGACAGAAGUACGUCGACGUGCCCACGGAGCGGAUUGUGGAGCAGAUCGUCGAAGUGCCCAAAUUUGUCGACAAGGUCGUCGAGAUCCCAACCGUGAAAAAAAUCCAAAAGUUUGUCACGGUGCCGAAAAUCGAGAAAGUCCCAAGGUAUUUCAAUUUGUUAAGUAGAAUGUACGUGUGUACUAGCUUUUUUACGUCUGUAGUGUUGCUAAUUCUUGAACGUGGUCUCUCUUCUACAUCACGCAAAGGUCGUGUGGCGCUACACGUGUCUAGAGAUGCACGACUGUGGAUCAUGUCCUGCGUUCACUACAUCUAGAGAUAGACGGACGCAGAAGUAAAACGUGUCUCUCCCAUUAUGCAUACCGCAUCCUCCCACCGCCACCAUACACAAGUAGCAACAAAACAACAACAAAACAGAUACGUCGACAAGUAUGUAGCGGUGAGCCAGGAGCAAAUCAUCGAAGUCCCGAAAAUCGAGUACGUCGACAAAAUCGUCGAGGUGCCGAACAUCCGCAAGGUCCAGAGGAUCGUCGAGGUACAGCUAUUUGUAUUUUCAGGCUCGAAUCAGGGCAUGGAAACAGCACCUAAGUAUUCAAAAAUUUGUGUUGCAGGUACCGCAUCACACCCAUACGAUGUGCUGACUUGUCAUGCAUGCAUCGAAGACGCAUGAUCACGAUCCACACGAUCAGGUACCGGAGAUCAAGUACGUCGACAAGGUGGUUGACGUGCCGAAGAUUAUCUGCAUCGAGAAAGUGAUCGAGAUUACCAGGGACAGCCACGAGCAGGUUUACGAGGAGCCCGCAACCGUUGUGGUGAAUGAAGGCAAAGAGGAACGAUUUUUGCCUGUGGAGAGGGAACAGGUAUAAUAUUGACGUGGUACAACUCGGUAUAGUAAGCAUCAAAUACAAAUUAUACUGGUAGUGGGGAGUUAACAUCAUCUUCUCUGUAGUGGAAGAGGAAGAAAUUGGACGUAAGGAACAAUGCCAUGUUGGUGAUGUUAGAACUGUCGACCUAAAGGAAAAAAAUUCAAAAUUAAGGUCCACGAAAGCGGUGAUGCGUUUGACCCGAUGACGCAGAGUGUGGUUCAUGCCUGGGACGAAACGACCUCGAUAUGAUAGAUUCAAAGCACCAUCAGCCUAUAUUGAAAUCAAGACCAACUUGUUAAACCUACAUAAUUACUCGUCGUGAUACUCUUUUUGGUUCUUUUCACGACGUGUCUAAAAGGUGUCCAAGUUGAUGAAGUUGAUUUCUGUACUGGCUGAGACUCGCAGCUUUGCAGCACAUCGAUACUGAAUCCCGGCGCAGUACCAGCAAGUCCAGCUCCCGCGGUUGCCGCGUGACGACUACAACUUUGCGACGCACCAGUCCUACCAACAGGCCCUGAGUCAAAGCAGGCUGGGACUGUGUACUUGGUUGUGUGUUUUAUUCAUACGUUUUUGGCUUGAGCAAGAUAGUACAACAGGCGAGUCGCAAUAUUGAUCAUGUCUACUGUGCUUGAAUGAGCAGCAGCACUACAGCAUUUGCAUGCGUCUUCAAUUCUAAGCCAAGGAGCUUAAUUUUGAGAGGAUUACGAAGUUCAGAAAUCUAUACCUACAGCAACUUCCUUCGACCCGCUCCUGACAUCCGGAAUCCAGGCUGCCAGCAUGGCUUUAUCCUCCCUGAAAAAUCGAUGCCAAUCCCGUUGAAGAUAUCUCUCGGUCUAUUUGUUAGUUGUGGUGGUCCCCUGGCUUGUUCUUCCACACAUGUACCAGCAGACAGCCACGGCAUUCAUAAUUUUCACCACUUGAUUGAGUGACCGUGCGCCUUUACCAUUCUGUUUCUUACAGGGCAACGCGAGCGCCAGGAAGGCAAACGCAAAAGUGAAAAGGAGGUCACUUGACGUUCGCGCUAAGUGAAAUUGGUCAUGAACGAUGGGACGUCGAGCACGUUGUAGAGAAAUAGAGCCGGAUUGACAAAAUUUUCUCCCAGCAUCAAGAGCGGGAAACCUGCACGUGAAGCCGUUGAGCAUCGGCAUUAACCUCGGCUUCGGAGCCCCGGCGGCGGAAGGCGCGUGAAUGAAUCUACCGAUUGAAAUGAUGAACAAGGCACGAUCAUAAAUCGACCAGAUUUCCAGUAAACGAAAAAAAAAACGGAUAAGCGGAGCAUGAUGAAAUCAUACUUCCUAGAGACGAGCGACCUACUUCUAAAAGUAAAAGUAGAAACCAAAACUGAGACUAUCUAUCAGAAUCAAGACACACUUAAUACCUUAAAUCGUUCAGACAACAUCCUUAGCGAAUACAAUCACUAGCAAUAACUUUUUCCGGAACCUACUAUCGUAUCUUAUCUUUGGACUUUUCCAUGACUUGAAAUUGCUUUUACGUCGCAGCUGCACGACUAAUAAUCGAGCCAAAAACUAUUUUCUUUGCAACCCAGCAGUGACGCCAUCUUCGAUUGACAGCUUGCCUGAAAUAACAUAACUCUUGUACGCGAAAAUCUUGUAGCGGUAGCGCGUCACCAACAUAAUUUUAGUGCAAUUUUAUUGGAAGAGACUAUUUUUCCGGGUCAGCGACAACAUCUGGCUGCCCGAUGUCUCGGAGAUGAAGUGUUGGCACCUUAUUGAUUCAUCGCCCUACUUAAUUUUACACCGUGAAGACCGACGACUUGAAGCGUAUUAACUUCGUAGCUUAAUUUGAGAUGAAAAUAAUCUCCUUGUCCAUUACCAUUGAGGCGCAUAAUCCAAAAAAAUUAUCUGUACAAGAGCAGCAGCAGCACCUGGCACGAUUCAAUAUCCGGCGAAGCGGCACAGGACGACAUCGACAACUACAUUCUGAUACAGCAUUAUAUCCCGAGUAGAAACCUCUUGUCAUGUGAAGCGAUUUCAGAUUCAGACCUAGGCCACCAGAAAUACAAACUAUUUUCCAGGUGUUUUACUACGUCACGCGAGGAGCAAUAGCAAUUGGGUACGAAGACAAAAUUUGCUUGAUUGGAAUCUGCACAACGGUGGCGAAACCAGCGACGAUUUUUACAACGACGGCUAGAGUUGAAUAUGUUGGAAACAAAUCUAUUACGAGUGCAAAGGUUUACCAGUACCAGUAGAGAAGUGGAGGAGCUUCCCCGUUUCUAUUUCGGCGAACCAACUAUCAACAGCUCCGGGACAAAAAGUUUCUAUCUUCAAAAAUGAACCCUAGUUGAGGACCUGAAGGUAAAAGUUUUCUAUUUCCUUCCGGUAUGGUCUUACACUUUUGUGAAUGCAGGAGCCACACGUAGCAGCAUCGAGCGUGGGCAUCCUGCUGUGGCCUACUUGCUUCACGGAUCUGCGAUGAAAUUAGUCUUCUAAUAUCCGAAAAUAAUGGAAAUGCCAUUUAAAUUAAGAUUCAGGUGUUGAUUUCAAUGCGUGAGAAUACAGAUGACGUCGACUAUAAUUUAUCUUCCGUGUGAUUGGAUCGACCACAACUGAAUGAGCAUGUCACAAAAUGAACCUGUAAGGUUGGAUGCAACUCCAAAAAGAAUGCUGACGA